AUGGGUCAUCAAACAAAUGGUGAUAUCAAGAUGAAAAAUUAUAAGGUAAGGUUUCAAAUACUCAUUUUUGAAGAAUAAAAAAUUACUAGAACACGUUAUGUCACUAAAAUGUGAACAUAAUACGUAUUUUCCUAUUUAUAAAUGUUCAUUUCUCGAUACACUAGAUUCAAAAAUGACUCUUCUUCCUGUGAGCUAAUUUUUGUUCUAAAAAACUAAUUUUCUGUAUUUGCAGAAAGGUGCUCGGGUUUGGCAUCGCCAUCCGCAGUUGAUUUGGAUUGGCGGGCAGUUGGAGCACGACGUCACUUUCGAGACGAAGAAAAUUCGACUGAAGCUCGACGAUGAUACGGUAAGUUUUGAAUAUCUCGUCUUCAAACUCUUUUUUCAUAUUUACUUACUGACUCAUUUUGGGCUUUGAAAGAUUUUUCUUAUCAUACGCAUAAUUGAAUUCAAAUAUGAUAGAUCUUCUUCAAAAGAAUCAUCAAAUCAUGCAUCUGCUUAAGUACAUUCUGAAAAGAAAACCUGCAAAAAUCUGCGAAAUUAUGAUAGAUAGGAAAAGUGUUCGAAAAAAGUUAUCAAGAAUAUUUUUGCAGACCGCCGAAUUCGAUAUCUCGUCAUUGCAACAAUUACCGUAUCUGAGAAACCCGCAACUUCUGGUUGGAAAGAAUGAUCUCACGCUAUUAUCAUAUUUGCAUGAGCCUGCAAUUCUGCACAGCUUGCAAUUUCGAUUUGUGGAUCGACAAACAAUAUACACAUAUUGUGGAAUUGUUUUGGUCGCAAUAAAUCCAUAUUCGGAUUGUUCACAUUUAUAUGGCGAAGAUACAAUUCAAGUUUAUCGAGGAAUCGGAAAAUCGGUUCGAGAGCUCGAUCCACACAUUUUCGCAGUCGCCGAAGAAGCAUUCUUUGAUAUGCGCGAAUUCUCGAAAUCGCAAUCAAUUAUUGUUUCUGGAGAAUCUGGAUCGGGAAAAACGGUGUCAGCGAAAUUUGUGAUGCGAUAUUUGGCAUCUGUGGCAUCAUCGAAUAAAAAUGAAGUGACAGCUGGAAUUGAGCAAAGAAUAUUAGCGAGUAAUCCAAUUAUGGAGAGUAUCGGAAACGCCAAAACAAUUCGAAAUGACAAUUCGUCUCGUUUUGGAAAAUUCAUUCAAAUAAACUUUGCUGAUAAUGGAAAACGAAUUGAGGGAGCCGAAAUCAAGACAUAUUUGAUCGAAAAAGUCGACUAGUGUUCCAAGCACCCGGUGAACGAAAUUAUCACAUCUUCUACCAGAUGUGUGCUGCAAGACGUCAUCCAAUUGUUAAAGAUUUGCAUUUGGGCGAUUUUGAAUCAUACCGUUAUCUUGUGCAAGGUGGAGAUAGUCAAAUUCCCGGAGUUGAUGACAAACAUGAUUUUGAUGAUCUUGUGAAUGCUCUCGGUCUUCUUGGAUUUGAUGAAAAGCAAAGUGCAGAUGUCUUCCGUCUUCUCGCUGGUAUUCUUUUGCUCGGAAAUGUUCAAUUCUAUAAUGAAGAAGGUUGUUCAGCAAUUGACGUGAGUUUUCAUUAUUUUUAUUCGAAAUUUUGAGCAUAUCUAAAAACAUUUUUUUCAGGCAUCUUCAUCAACUGAAAUCGCUCAACUCUGUUCACAAAUUUGGAAUAUUGAUGAGAACGCAUUGCGAAUUCGGUUGACACAACGAGAAAUUCGGGCUGUCAACGAAAUUGUCACCAAAAAAUUGACAAAAGAUGAAGCGAUUCGAUCGCGAGAUGCACUAGCAAAAUUUGUCUACUCCCAGCUUUUCAGUUAUAUGAUUCAUCAAAUAAAUGGAGCGCUAAAUGAAACCGUGACUAUUCAAGAGAAUAUCGAGCGCUUCAUCGGAGUUCUCGAUAUUUAUGGAUUCGAAAAAUUUGAGACCAACUCAUUCGAGCAGUUUUGCAUAAAUUUUGCGAAUGAAAAAUUGCAAAAUUACUUCAAUAAUUAUGUUUUCAAAUUGGAACAAGAAGAAUAUUUGAGAGAAGAAAUUGAUUGGGUUCGAGUCGAUUUGAUAAUCAACCUGCUAUUGAUUUAA